CUGCUUCCUCAUCCUCCACUUCUCAGCUCUAUUUUUGUACAACUCCCUCGACUUCCUACCAUCAAACAACAUAGUUUUUUCCACCUGAAUUCAAACCCAUUUCCAAUUCCCACUUCUUCAAACUACCCAAGUCCGGUUUGGAAAUUCUUACUCAUAUGCUAUAUAUAGCUUUUGUGAAAAUUUCUUCGAGAUGGAAUUCGCAAUGGAGAAUGGUUCGACUUUGGAACAGAACACACUGAUCAAUGAGCUGACUCAAGGGAUGGAGCUAGCCAAACAGCUAAGAGCUCAUCUUAGCCCAACGUCCUCCAAAGAAAGCAGAGAACUUUUGCUUCAAAAAAUCUUGUCUUCCUAUGAGAAGGCCCUACUGAUUCUCAAAUGGAGCGGGUCAAUGGGAAAUCCUCAGUCGGUGGCUCCGGUCACUGGAUUGCCGGAAUCGUCCAUUUCCGGCGACGGGAGCCCUCGGAGCGACGAUUUCGACAGGGGGUUCAAGGAUCACCUGGAGCAGAAUGAUGUCUCAAAGAAGAGGAAGUUAAUGCCUACAUGGACUGACCAGGUGAGAGUUUGCUCCGAGAAUGGGCUUGAAGGGCCCAUGGAAGAUGGGUACAGUUGGAGAAAAUAUGGGCAGAAAGACAUUCUGGGUGCCAAAUAUCCCAGAAGCUACUACAGAUGCACAUAUCGCAGCACUCAAAACUGCUGGGCAACAAAGCAAGUGCAACGGUCCGACGACGAUCCGACCAUGUUCGAGAUCACGUACAAAGGGAAGCAUACCUGCUCCCAGAACCACCAUACAUCACCACAAGAAAAGCAACAACUGAAGCAAAACAACAAUGGCAAUAGCCACCAGCAGCCGCCACCCGAAAACCUGCUCUUUAACUUAAGGACAAGCUUGAGAGUUAGUACUGAGGACUUGGACAAUAAGGAGGUGGCUUCAAACUUCACUUUCCCUCAUUCAGCAUCGUUCAAAUGGAUGAACGGCGAAAACCAGAAUCUCGGAUUUUCAACCCUUGUCAAUGAUCAUACCCUGGGGAGUUAUUCUCCAUCGUUUAUAUCUCCGGCCACAUCUGAAACAAACUACUACUCAGUGCCUCCGUUCCAGAUGAACAACAUGGUCCAUAAUUUUCAACAUUCGGAAUCCGAAAUUAUCUCAGCCACCACUUCGGCUACCAAUUCCCCGAUCGGGGACCUGGAUUUCUCAAUUGAUCUAGAUCCAAACUUCCCAUUUAACAACCCUGGAUUUUUCAAUUAGUUCCACUUCGAAUAUCAAAACCAAGCAAUAAAAGCUGGUUUGCUGUCAAUAAAUGACAACAAAAGCUUGCAUAGUAAGUUUCUAGAUGCCGGCCUAGAAAAUAGGAACUGAACCUUGUAUUAUAACCAAAUUUUGUAGUUAUGAAUUGGAUUGCAGAUUUUCGUGUUCCCAAUAACUACAUCGAAAAAUAGCAAUCAAAUGUCUGAAUUGUAAGUCA